UUAAUAACACAACAUGGCAAAUAAUUGAUCAUGUUUAGUCAAGUUUAGCAAAAUCCCAUAACAUCAAUGGCUUGUUUGUUCAUGUAAUAAUCAUUGGCAAGAGCAGGUCUGCAAGAACUGAGGGAAUAUGGGGGCAUGGAAGAAAGAUUACCUGGAUCUUGUUUUAGUUCCAUGUGGCUUGCUCCUCAUGUUUGGAUACCAUCUCUUCCUUCUCUACAGAUACCUAAAAUGCCCUCAGACGACCAUCAUCGGCUAUGAGAAUCACAACAAGAGAGCUUGGGUUGAAAGAAUGUUUCAGGUGGAGCUGAAGGACCGAGGGCCGGCUAUUUCUGUGAUCAGUAGUAACAUAACUGCCGCAACAGCCCUGUCGUCAAUCUCCCUGGUCCUGAGCUCCCUAAUCGGUGCAUGGAUUGGAAGCUCGACAGCUAAUAUAUUCACCAGCAGCUAUAUUUACGGCAGCAGAACUCCAUCCAUAGUUUACAUCAAGUACAUAGCUCUUCUUUCUUGCUUCCUGGUGGCGUUUACCUGUUUUGUUCAGACGGCAAGGCACUUCGUUCACGCUAACUUCCUCAUCAGCAUGCCAAAUAACGAUAUCCCAGUGAGUAGCAUCGAGAGAGAGGUGAUAAAAGGGAGUAAUUUCUGGCUGAUUGGCCUGAGAUCACUCUGUUUUGCCAUAACUUUGCUCCUCUGGAUCUUUGGUCCGAUCCCAAUGUUUGUUUGCUCUGUGAUCAUGGUGGGGAUGUUGAUUAAUCUCGACAGAAACACGACACCCUUGCAUCGGUAUGAGCCAGUUGGGAGACGAGAAUUCCAGAUGAAGAUUGAUCAGAAGAAAGAAGCAGUCAAUAGGGUAGUUGAACAGCAAAAUUAGCACAUCAGAGCUCCAAUUUACCAUGAUCUGUAAAGUUUACUUGAUUACAAUCUAGUGGUGAGUCAAUAUGCACCAGCAAUUCACUUUUA